AUGGUCGUAAUCGGUUUGAAAAUCUUUAGCCGAGAUCGCUACCUCAAUGGGGCUGGAACGUUUCUCGAGGACCAUCACAAAUUCACGCUGGAGCUCCACACGAAUUCAGGCAUUGGGGGAUACAAGCUAAAGCCCGUGGAGGUACCCUCAAUGUCGUUCUGUGCCUCCAUCCGUACCUUCUACCGCAGAUUUAUCAAGAAUUCAAUUCAAGCAGGCUUGACUUUAAGGAUGUGGAAUGUGUGGCCGGUUCCCAGCCGUAUGUAUUGGAUAAAAGAUGUUCUAUUCGACACAAGCGACUGGGCCGCCAUCAUGCCCCGCGGACGGAUCAAGGCCAAGUUGAACCUCUUGGAUGAGGGUGACCAGGUCGGCGGGGUUGAGAUUAUUAACGAUGAAACUUUAAGGACGGACAAAAUAAAUUGUCAAUGA